AAUUCAUUUGCAGUUUAAGUAGCCGCUCACUUGCCAAUCGACCGGUUAAUUGUAAACACCUAAAAACCUUGUAAAAUGCUCAAAGCACAUUUAAUUGUAUUAUUUUUAGUCGGAAUCGCGCCAGUACUCGAAAUUAGUGCCGCUUUUUGUACAAAAUACGGAUCAGAUAGCAAAAUUAUCAGAAUUUGUUGUCCCGGCUAUGAGGGAGACGGUGUGAAGUGUGUGCCGUUCUGCAGGCGGAGUUGCAUAAAUGGUGUGUGUGUUAAACCAGACUUUUGUGAGUGUCAUGAAGGAUUUGCCAAACACAAUGGACCGCACUCGCCGUGCGAACCGAUCAGAACAGCACUUCGUGAAACGCAGGCACACAGUUGCCACGAGCGCUGCAGCAAUGGCACCUGCGUAGACGACUCAUGCACCUGUGCGCAAGGCUGGCUGCUGCAACAGCACGAAGGACGCGACAUUUGUGCGCCACAAUGUAACGGCGGUUGUGUCAACGGUUAUUGCAGUGCAACGAACAACUGUGUUUGCUAUGAAGGCUUCGAGGCGCAAGCCUCUAAUCAGCGCGAGUGUGUGCGACGCUCGAGCAGCGGCGCCCUGUGGACGCAAUUUGCGCAAAUGAAUAAGAUUCUCGUAUCGUUACUGCUAAUCAGCUGUUACUACGCGUAUUGGCGCACUAUAAAUACGCACGCAGAGCACCACUCGAAGUGUGACCCGAAACGCAGCAUCAAGGGCAAAGAAUAAAAAAGAGCUUCAAAGCGCACGCGCCUGCUCAUUCCUCAAUAAACCACAAAGUAUAAACACAUUUUUUUCCUCAAUAAACCACAAAGUAUAAACACAUUUUUUUUCAAACCUGUACUGAAUUAAGUUAAGAAUUUUUUCUUCCAAAAUCUAUAUAAAUAAAAAUGAAUCGCCAAAAUGUACAUAAGUAUGUACGCUCAUAACUUUCAUACGACUGAACCAAAUUUAAUGAUUCUUUUUUUAUAAUGUUCGUUGGGGUUCAGGGAUGUUUUCUGCAGAGAAAAAUAUUCGAAUAAUUGCCGAAAAACCCCUGAAAAUAGCCCUUUUCUUCUUCAUACAAACGAAUGAAUGUUUGUUCGUUAGUAACGCUAAGAGAACGGCUGAACCAAUGUUGAUGAAAUUUUAAGAGGUUGUUCGUCGUGGAUCGGGAAAGGUUUAGAAAUAAAGAACCUGUAUGUCUUUCAUGAGGAAAAGUCGGAAAAUUGGAUUAUUCCAAAAAGUUAAUUUUUUCCAUACAAAUUUUAUUUUUUUCAAUUUUUUUGUUUUGUUUUUCAAUUAUUUAAAUCAUUCAAAUUUGGCGUUUGCUUAAAAAAUUUUUGAAAAUUAUUCCGUGAGAAUGUUAUGUGUUUUUCACACAAAGUGAUCAAUUACAGUUUGAAAUUUGACACGAUGCCAUUAAAUCGGUCGGCGUUCUUUUUGGCAUCAACAUACAUUAGCAGCCCAAGCCACAUGAACGAGUACUCCCAGGAUGCGAUGAUAUACGUGCGGUAUUAUGGGUCGCAAUUAAUCAGAAAGCGAUCGUCACGAUGUUAUAGCAAGACUUUUCAACAGCUUCGAUGGACAUUAUCUUGAAGCAACGCAUAUAUGGUGCUGUUAGAUGCUAGAUGUACUCUGUUCUGUUGAGUGGCAAAAGAGAGGUUUGCCGCACGCACACAUUCUUCUUUGGAUGGUGGAAGGUGGUUACACCAGAUCAAAUUGAUGAAAUCAUUCAAUAUUGCGGCAAUUCCUGAUGCAAAGAAAGAUCCAGUAUUUUAUACGAAGUGAUGAAAACCAACAAGGUUCAGGGACUUUGUGGACACCACAACCCCACUUCGGUUUGAAUGUCUGUCAAUAAAUGCACGAAACAGUAUCCACGUACUUUUCUUUCGGAAAUACAAACCAGAAAUGAUGGAUAUCCACUCUAUCGGCGUUGCUCACCAGAUCAUUUAGCAUUCCAUUUAGAGGCGUGAGUAUCGAAGAUGACAACACAUGGAUCGUACCAUAUUCGCCACUGUUGUCUAAUUCACAUUCAAAAUUCAUGUCAAUGUUGAGUAUUGCAGUUUUUUUCGAUCGAUCGUCUUGACUAUGAAGACGACGCCGUGAAUUAUCCAGUGGUAUUCCUAAAUUCUUUGGACAGGCUUGGUAUGCCACCGCAUCAUUUGCGUCUCAAAGUAGGAUCCGUCGUUAUUAUGUUUCCCAAUCUUCAUGCGCCGAAACUGUGUAACGGAACCCGACUGAUUGUGACGCACCUAUCGAGUACAAAGGGACAGAAUGCUUGAUCCCACGAAUUUCUUUGAGUUCUAACGAUUUGCCAUUUCAGUUCAAAUGUAUUCCGUUUCCAGUGAAAAUUGAAUUUGAGAUGACAGUCAACAGGACCUAAAGAUAGUCGCAUAGUGUGAGGCAUAAAUUUGGAAAUGCUAUGUUUUUCACAAGCCGUAGCGUGCUCACGAGUUGGAAAACCAUCUUUUCUGUACACCGGAACAGAAACCGAAAAAUGUUGUUUAUAAAGCUGCGUUACAUUGAAAAAAAAAAAUAAAAAUGAAAUGAUAAAUUUAACUUUCUUUUCAUUUCAAACUACAUAAUUUCACGCAGGACAACGGCUGUGGGGUCAGCUAGUGAAAAAUAAAAAGCCAUUGUGAUAUAAGCAAAAAUUUAAAGAUAAACAUAUAGAAAUUACCACUUGCCACUUACAACAUACAACUACAAUAUAAACAUAACGAUUAUCUGCAUUUUAUGCUAAAGAAUUCAUGCGAAAAGUACUCACCAGCACUACUAAGAAAUAUUUUAAACCAACUUCUAUUCAUUGCGAGCGCCACCAACACAUACACACUCCAUGCGCGUGCCACCUAUCAGCUUAGCGUAAUAAAUUUUUAACUCCUUAUGUUUCAUGUUGAAGCACCCUGCAUUCAUGCGUGGAACAAUGAACUUUUUAUGUCACAAAUAAGCGCCAACAGCGCAAACCUGCUGCUGCUGCCGCUGCAAAACUUCGCGGCAUGCGAACAUAAAUACGCACAGAAUAAAUAAAAAUUUAGUAGCAAUAAAUUAGUUGCAAUGACAAAUGUGCUUUUCAUUCUAAUUGUUCUCAUAAAUUUUUAGAAAAAGCUGAAGAAAGCGCAAAGUGAUAAAGCAGACAAAAGCAAUAAAUAAACGCUCGGGACAGUUAAAGAAGAAUUAGUUUGUGUUCAAAGGCACAGCAAAUGUUUGAUUUCGAAAAAAUAAUAUCUUUUUUAUUGUUUUGCAUUUUCGGUGGUCUAGAGCUUUACAAG